AAUCCUCACCCCCUUUAAGUUCUCCACACCUCCUCAACGGAAAAACAAAAGAUUUACUCUUCAGCUUGCACAAAAGCUUAUAAUUACUUACUCAUGGACAAAUUGAGAAACAGAAAGAGUAGGAGCAGAACGGGGAUCAGAGGUUCGAAACCCACCCCUCUCAAGGUUUCCAAGAACUCUCACAACUGUAUAAAGAUUCAACCUGUGAUUAUAUACCUCCGAUCUCCCGAAGUUAUACACACGCAACCCAAAGAUUUCAUGGCGGUUGUGCAGCGACUCACAGGCUGCUCUUUGUCUUGUACUCAGACCAGGGAGGAUUUGACUGCUCUUCAAACAAACCCUAAGGCUUUCUGCCCUCUAGAAAAGCAGGAUUUCUCCGCCUACGAAACCGCCCCUGCGCCGCCAGUAUGGCCCAAUGAUUACCUUUCUGAAGUGAUUUCGCCGCCAUGGAAUUUCCUUCCAGAAGAAUUGGAGUUUGACAUGGGUUGGGAUAAAGAGCUACACUUAUUCUCUCCGCCCUUUUUCCAACAAUAUGAGUUAACGGAAUUACAGCACUUAUUCUCUCCGCCCUUUUUCCAACAAUAUGAGUUAACGGAAUUACAGCCCUUCAAUUGCCUCUAUGAUGCGGACCACCCAUAUAUGUAGUUCAGAUAUUUAUGACACAGUACGUGC